UUGAAUAUUUAUUGAUUUUUCUUUGUUUUAAGGUUUAAUGAUCAUUGAUUUAAUUAAUAACUCGAUUGUCUUCCAGAAGCCCGAUGCAGAUUUGACGUUUGAUGACAGCUUAGGAAACGUCUUAAGUGAUGGAAAAGUUUCUAAUCAUGUGAAUGAAAAUUCGAGGACAAAAUUAGUUAGUAAACGUAGUGUAAGUGAUGAUAGCGAUAAGCUCAAAGUAAAUGAUAAUCAAAAUGAAAGUGAUCAGAGUUGGUUGAGUCGUAUGAAGCGCAGCUUCUCAAGUUUUUUCACGAAAGGCGAUGAUAAAAUUGUUGAAAAGCGUGACUCAAAUGAAAAGUUGAAGGAUAUCAACAAGAACGAUAUAAAGUUGGAAGAUUUGAAUAUGGAAUAUAAAAAUCCGAUCAGAAGAAGACGACAAUACGAAGAUGAAGAAGAUGAUGAUGAAGAUAAUGAAAUAGCUUCGGGAGAUCAUGAUACGACGCCAGAUCCUGAUCCAAUUACACCACUCAUAACAGUUAAAGAUGACAAAUACUUCCGAUUAAAAUUGACGGUAAAAGAAAUUUGGAAUGAUAAUUUCAAGGACAAAAGUAGCACAGAAUUCAUAGAGCUCGCUAAAGCAUUGAAAGAUGACAUCGAAUUAUUGUAUGAGCAGCAGAAUAAUGAGGGAACAACUAUCAUGGCUCAAGUUGUUCAAGUGCGUAAAACUGACGACAUAUUUGAAAUUUAUGUGACAAUUGACAUCGCUGCUGAAGCUAAUAAAAUCAACGGCAAUGAACUCCGCGACAUCAUUUACAAUGAAGUCAAGGAAUAUCAUAAAAUCGGCUCCCAAACAAUCGACUUGAAAGAGUUUUAUAUAACAAACUUGGAAGGCUAUGCAAAAGGUGAACAAGAAUAUAAUGCAUCACCUAUUGUCGCUGAUUCAGAAGAAAAUGAAAAUGAAAUCGAAGAAGAUGUGGAGCCGGAAGAUUAUGAAGGCGAACGAUGUUCCGAGGAUCAAUUCACAUGUAAAAACUCACAAUGCAUUUCUGUUGAUCAACGUUGUGAUGGAAAACAACAUUGUAGUGAUGGAUCUGAUGAAUUAAACUGCGCAAUUAGCAAACCAUCAGAAAGUGAAAGACUAAAAGAAUUAAAUAAUACCGACUAUGAAUAUGAAGAUGUUCUAUCACGAUUGCAACCAGAUCAUCAUAAUCCGACGACUAGAAAUCCUUUAGAAGAUGAGGAAACGAUCGAACAUGAUGAGAAUAUUCUUGUAGAUGAGAAUUUGAUCUCAGGAGAAGUUCCGGAAGCUGAGGAAAUCUACGACAAAUGUCGUGGUGAUGAUAAAUUCCGUUGUGGCUUGUCUUCAGUUUUCAUUUGCGAAAUAGAACAUUGCGAUGGAACCAAAAACUGUCCAGAUGGAGAAGACGAAGAGAAUUGUCCAACAUCAGACAAAGCAAUCUUCGAUGAUUCUGAAGCAAGCGGUGAAGAACCUGAAAGAGAAACAGAAAAAGUCAAAGAUUCAGAAGCACUUGAGUUCGAACAUGAAGCUGAUGUUGAUGAAUAUCCCGAUGAAUGUGGAGCUGGAGAAUUCUCAUGUGACACCAGUCGUUGCAUUCCUGAAUCAAAACGUUGCGAUCAAAUUAACGAUUGCGAUGACAACUCAGAUGAAACAAACUGUCCAGAACCAUCAACAAUCAGCCCAAUUGCUGGUGAGUGCUUUUAA